AUGUCGGAAUCGACUAAAUUCGCAGACGACAUCGUUCCAAACGAAGAACUCGAGAAUGCAGGCCCGUACAGCCGUCGCAGUAACUUCCUCAAUGGCCUCGAAGGUCUAACCCUCUACGAGAAGAAAUGCGUCCUCAUCAACCGCGAGAUCGACCGUCAGGGCAUGGGCAAGUACCAAUGGUACAUCUGGUCCCUGUGCGGCUUCGGAUACCUUCUGGAUCUCCUCUGGGCACAGGCCUUUGGUCUUGUGUUAGGUCCUCUGAAGCAGGAGAUGGGAUUCGGGGAUAACGAGUCUGGAAAUAUCUCGACGAGUUUUAAUGCUGGACUCACAGCUGGUGCUUUCGUUUGGGGAUUUCUGGCGGAUAUUAUUGGUCGCCGUUGGGCAUUUAACCUGACGUGUUUAUUCUCUUCCAUCUUUGGAAUUUGCCUUGGCGCGUCGAAUAAUUAUAAUACCUUUUUGGUCCUGACUGCCUUUGUCGGGUUUGGUGUUGGUGGAAACAUCCCUAUAGACACCACCAUCACUCUCGAGUUCAUUCCUCAGAACAAACGAUUCCUCCUCGCUUGUCUAUCCGUCUUUCAGCCCAUUGGAGUCGUCAUCUGCAGCGCCAUCGCUUUUGGCUUCAUCCCCGUCUACGCCUGUUCUCCCAACUUCUCUGAACCAGACGCGCUCAUAUCCUGCAACAAUGCGUCAGGAGGCGAGAGAUGUUGUUCCCGCGGCGAUAACAUGGGCUGGAGGUACCUCUUGUUCACGAUUGGCGGAAUUACUCUACUCAUCUUUAUCCUUCGCUUCUUUGUUUUCAACUUCCGCGAGACACCAAAGUAUCUCGUCUACCGUGGUCGCGACGAAGAAGCUAUCAACACCUUGAGGCACAUGGCUGAGAUUAACAAGAAGGAGUGUGGUAUUACUGUUGAGAUGUUUGAGUCGCUUCAGAGUGAUGAGAGCUCUGUCGGGAGUGGUGAUAGUGCCACUCCUGCACUUGGAGCUGGCAAGAAACAGCUCAACUUGAAGUGGUCCAAGAAGGCUAAGCUGGAGCUAUAUCGAUACAAGAUGUUGUUUUCUUCAGCAAAGAUGACUCGGUUGACUAUCCUCGUGUGGCUGACUUAUAUCAUGGACUACUGGGGUUUCACUGUUGCUGGCUUCUAUCUUCCGAGCAUUCUCGCACUCAAGAACGGUGCUGUAUCUGUCAGUCUCAAGUCAACAUACGCCGCCUACAUCUAUACCUACGCCCCAGGUAUUGUAGGAGUUCUUGUCGGUGCAACCUUGUAUCGCGUCCCUGCUUUCGGCCGCAAAUGGACAAUGGUCUUGUCCUCUGCUCUAAUGGGCAUCUCCAUCAUCUUGUUUUCGACAGUGGACACGCGAGCCAAGAAUGAAGGACUAUUCACCAUGGAGUACUUCUUCCAAUCCAUGUUCAACGCUGUGCUGUAUGGAUGGACACCCGAAGCCUUUCCUGCUCCAAUCCGAGGCACUGCCUGUGGUCUUGCAGGAUUCUGGGGAAGGCUGUUUGGUAUCGUCAGUCCGUUGAUCGCUCAGCAUUUAUACGGUCGAACUACUGGCGAUGGUGGUCAGGGAGAUAUCAAUAGCGUUCUUUAUCUGGCUGGUGGUGUUAUGUUGGGCUGUGUGAUCACUACGGCUCUGUUGCCGAAUGACAUGAUGGAGACCAGAGAUGAGAGGUCAUGA